GUGGCUGGCGGCUGUGGCGGCUUUCGGGGCUGGGUUGUCAGUCAGUGAGAGGAGGGGGAAGAUGGCUCGCCAGGACCCGUUCUGUUAGGAAGAAGAGGGGUAGGGGCUGCUUCUACUGAGAGAAAGCCGAGAAGCCGCCGUCGUGGCCGUUCGUGAGGCGCACAAGUGCAGGUUCUGCUGCGGGAGCUCCCCGAGCUGCUCUGGUUGAAGGUUUGGAACAGAUGUGGAAAGAUGUUCACUUCAGAGAAAGGGAUUGUGGAGGAAUGGUUAUCAGAGUUUAAGACACUACCAGAAACAUCUUUACAAAAUUAUGCCACAAAUCUGAAAGACAAGAGUUCAUUAGUUUCAUCUCUCUAUAAAGUUAUCCAGGAGCCACAAAGUGAGUUGCUAGAACCUGUCUGUCACCAGCUCUUUGAAUUCUAUCGGAGUGGAGAGGAACAGUUGCUUCGAUUUACACUGCAGUUUCUCCCAGAACUGAUUUGGUGCUACCUUGCAGUCUCAGCUAGCAGAAAUGUACAUAGCAGUGGAUGCAUUGAAGCUCUUCUCCUAGGAGUUUACAAUUUGGAAAUAGUUGACAAACAGGGUCAUAGCAAAGUGUUGAGUUUUACGAUUCCGUCUUUAUCCAAACCAUCUGUCUAUCAUGAACCAUCCAGCAUUGGCUCCAUGGCUCUGACUGAGAGUGCGCUGUCACAGCAUGGUUUGUCAAAAGUCGUGUACAGUGGGCCUCACCCUCAGAGGGAGAUGCUGACAGCACAGAACAGGUUUGAAGUGUUGACAUUCCUUUUAUUGUGUUACAAUGCUGCCUUAACCUAUAUGCCCAGUGUUUCUCUUCAAUCACUGUGUCAAAUUUGUUCAAGAAUCUGUAUUUGUGGAUAUCCUCGACAACAAGUAAGAAAAUACAAAGGCAUGAGUAACAGGAUACCGGUUUCUUCAGGAUUCAUGGUGCAGAUGUUAACAGGAAUUUAUUUUGCCUUAUACAAUGGAGAAUGGGAUCUAGCUCAGAAAGCAUUGGAUGAUAUUAUAUAUAGAGCCCAGCUUGAAUUAUAUCCAGAGCCACUGCUGGUUGCUAAUGCAAUAAAGGCUUCAUUGCCUCAUGGUGCCCUGAAAUCUAGUAAGGAAGGCACAAGGUGUAUUCAAGUUGAAAUCACACCAACCUCCUCUAGAAUAUCAAGAAAUGCAGUCACCAGCAUGUCGAUAAGAGGUCACAGGUGGAAAAGACACGGAAAUACAGAAUUAACAGGUCAAGAAGAACUGAUGGACAUAUCUGAAGUUGACGAGGGAUUUUAUUCCAGGGCUGCGUCUAGUACCAGCCAGUCGGGUUUAUCAAACAGUAGUCACAAUUGUAGUAACAAGACAAGUGUAGGAAAGAACCAGAGACGGUCAGGAGGAAGCAAAACUGGAGUAAAAGAAAAAGAAACUACUGGGGAAUCUUGUAAAGAUCACUUUGCUCGAAAACAGACUCAGAGAGCCCAAAGUGAGAAUCUUGAGCUUCUCUCUUUGAAGAGACUAACUUUAACCACCAGCCAGUCCCUACCUAAGCCCAGUAGCCAUGGUUUGGCUAAGACUGCGGCAACUGUAUUUAGUAAAUCCUUUGAACAGGUCAGUGGUGUCACAGUUCCACAUAACCCAGCAUCUGUUGCUGGUUGUGGCACUGGGACAGAUGCCAAUAGGUUUUCUGCUUGUAGUCUCCAAGAAGAAAAGCUUAUUUAUGUUUCAGAAAGGACUGAACUUCCAAUGAAAUAUCAAGAAGGUCAACAGAGACCUCCUAGUAUUAGCAUUACUCUGUCCACAGAUUAAUUCAUAACAUAUUUUUUUCUCCAGUAAAUCUGUAAAUGUGACUACUUCUUUAUGAAAGUGUCUCUGGUCUUUCAUGCCUAUUACUGUCAGGAGCCCUGGUGUCCUAAAUUCCAAAGGCUCCUUUGACUUUAUGAGGGAAUGUCUACUUUACAGCAAGCUAAAUAUGGUUUUAUUAUUUCUUGGUUAUAUUUACCUCCUUGGUUUGAGUCCUUGUUUUUUUUUUUCUUUUUAUUUGUUAUUUGAUACUGUUGCCCUAAGAUGUCAGUGUGACAAUAAAUUUUGUCAAGUUGUCUGAUGAAGUUGGUUACAACCAUGUGAGAUUGUCAGUUUGCUUGUUAUACCAAUGCCCUUAGGUGUCAAAGCAGGGUCUCUAUAUAAGGUAACUGUUAUAAGGCAUGAGGGAGAGGAUCCAGUCCCAGAAUUCCAGAGCUGGCCUGAAAAACAGGCAUGUGAGAAAACAAAAAUGAUGAGAAUGAAAAGUGCCUGAUAAAAAUGUUUGUAGUCAGAUCAUCUUUAAGAUUAGAACAGUUUGUGUUCUAAUUAGAACAGUUUGUGUUCAAAGUGCUGGGAAAUGCCUAACAUUCAGUACCUGAACUAUGGUGUGAUUCCAGGAGAUGAGUUGAUACAUUUCUGUUGUUAUCUUUGAACAUACUUUAUGUCAAAAAUCAGACUGAUGGUAGAUAUAUUGAAGUGUUUGAUCUGUAUUCAGCAGGUAAAAAGAUCUCCAAGUUCCUAGGGUAGAGUAGACCAUAAAGCUGACUGACCUUGCUGCUUGAUUUUGGAAAUCCUAGUUAGGUUGGAUGCCUGUUAUUCAGAGUACACAUCACUGAAGAUUUUCUGGAGACCAUUAUAAAUCUUGCAACACAGCUGUCAAGAUAUUAGUGUCACCUGUAUAAUAUUGAAGUGUAUGUGAAUGAAGGAAAUUAGAUAAAUUUCUCAUGUAUAAAAUGUAAUGAAAAAAUUGAAGGUAGUGAGAUAUGGACAGAGACAUUUGUAUAUUAAUUUAGGGUUUAUAAUCGUGUCCUUAAGGUUAACAUAAAAGAAAUGUUUCUUGUUUUUGUGCAGGUCUAUUUUAAGUUGUUAUAUUGUAGGAAGAACAGUUACCCCUACCAAAAAAUAAAAAUAGUGACACUAACAAAGUAAAAGCAAACAAACAAGUAUGUAGCUCUAGGGAACUCUAUGACCUGUAAAAGGAAGAAGUUUUGUUUUUGCUGGUGGUGGUCAUUUAGGGCAGAGUUGAGCUUCCCUGUAAAGUGAGUAUAUUUAAGUAAUUCUGAGUAAUAAUCUAAGGAGAAAAGCUGGAGUGAGGAUGAGAGUCAACUUUUGGGGAGGAAGGUCUAGGAUAGGAAGAUGUCCAUUUCCUGUACCCUGUGACUCUUAAUGGUCUUUCGUGGUCUCUCACAGGGAUAACAUCCUAGAAGUUUCCCCUUAACCCUGCAUUUGCACAGCUCAAUAUAUGUAAAACUUGUAUGUGUAUGUAUGUGUAUAUAUGUGAGUCCUAAACAUUUACACUCUGAAUAGUUUUUACCAUAACUGUUUUGUUGCCUGCCAGUUUAAACCUCAUUCUUCAGAAAUCAUGAAAAACUAGAUUACAUAUUAGAAUGAAUACCAUGUAAUUUUUAGCAAAAUCUAAUUUGGUGAGUUUUAAUACCAGUAACAGACUGGAAUAAGAGCUAUUGAUAUAAAUUGUAAACCAAUGUUACAAGGCAACUGGACAGUGAAGUUGCUAUUGGAUUAAUAGUAAUCCUGUGUAUAAUUUUAAAUAUCUGUAUAAUGUUACUGUGAAUUUUCUAUUGUCUUUUACAAUUGUUUAAUUCCCCUAUGCUUAGCUACUAACAAUUGAUAUUAUUAGAAAAUACUUAAAUAUUGGCAUUUAAACAAAUUAGGUGCUUUUGGACAAAGAAUAAGUUUGAAGAAACAUUAGGUGGCACAAAUGAGAGAUUUUAAUGUUCUACCACUGUAUUGAAACCUCAUUUUUGGUAUUUUAAAAAACUUUUUCUAGUCAAAAAUGCAGAAUUUCAGGGCCAGACUGUUGAGUCAUAAUUGGCACUUCAAUUAGGUGCCAACUGAUUUUCAUGAACAUUAAUAUUUGAGAAGAGAGUGUCAGAGUGCAAACCAAUUACUUGUCUAAUGUGUAGGCUCUCAGUGGUCUUACAAUGCCUAAUCAAAUAUAUUACAUACUAGAUCAUUAUAAUCUUCACUGUUUCUGACAGCUAAUUAACUUUUUAAUAACAUGAUACAUGACUUAUUAAAUCUUCUAAGUCUGAAUUUGUAAUGGUCCUCAUUUACUUCUGCAUUGAAAAUGUAAGUUUCUCUUUUUCUUGUUAAUCAUACGUGAAAUCAGAGGUAUAAAUGCCUACAAGUUUAAGUAUGAAAGUUGAUCCCUUUUGUACUUAAAUUUCUGCACAAUGCACAACAAAUUUGUGCACGUGUAUUCUUUUUGUAAAAAAAAUCUCUGAGGGUUACUCACUGGAGUAAUUCUAAUUUUGCUCCAAAUGACUUGCACCAAUUGAUUUUUGGAGCAUGAAAUAUAUUAAUAAAAGCCACGUAUAGUACCUUUGAUAAUAUUUUCAAUGGGGAUUACACAUUGAAAGUUUUAUAGCAGUUAUAAAAUUGGAGAUCGUAUACUGUGGAAAAACUGUUCUUAUCCUUACUAUUUUUCCACUCAACCUUUCAAGUUUGAAUGGUGGGCUGGCUUUGUGGGUCUCUUUCCUAUAACAAUGCUGUGGUCACAGAUCUGUGUAACCAGCAUCAUCACACUUUUUAUCAAGGUAUCACAGCUCCAUUCCACAUUUUAAACCUGAAUGGAUGCUUGAAAUCACCCAGCCUAUGGCACUUAAAACAGCUGCCUGGGUGUUCCAGUGAAGCUGGACCCAGCACUAGCUUCUAGGAAUACAAGCUGGGAUUGUUCCAAAACACUCAAGGCAAGCGUCUGCCUUUCUCACUCUGAAACUGCAAGUAAGCACCCCUGAGGUCCCUUGUACAUCACCAGAACUUUUAAAGGUAGAAAUGUCAAGUAUAAAAUUUUAGUACUUACAUGAUAACUAAAAUUUGUAUUGAAAAAGCAAUAUUCCAUCACCCUUUUUAACUGUGAAGCAACUGCUCAGCAAACAUUACUCUCAUUUUUUUCAAAAGUUGAACUAAAAGGAAAUGUAUAUAUUUUAAACCAAAAUAAGUGAAAGUGAUUGCAAAUAUAAAAGAUUUUGCGAAGCCCAGAAAAAAUAUAACUGAAGUAUUUAGGCUGUUAAAUUUUAAAGGAAAACAAAAUCUACGCUGAGAUGUAAUUUUAAACUAAUACUUGGGGUGAAUAUUUGGGUCUAAAGGCACAGUAAAUCUAUAUUAAAGAAAAGAACAUCAAAGAAUAGAUUUUAAGUAGAGUAACUGAAAAAUAUUUUCAAAAUUAAAAAAUACAAAUAAUUUUGUAGGUACUUGAAUUAAGCACUGUAGAUAGAGGAUAAUGUAUAAUAGUGUCUUCCUAGUCUUGGAAUGAAAAGUUAGAGCUCUCUAAUUCUUUAGCAUGAAUUUAUGCUUUUAGGUUUAUUGCUUAGUGAAAUUGUACUGAGUAUUUACAGUGAUUGAGAUUUACAUUAAAUAUUGUUAAAUUUUUAUCAGAGCACAUUAGUAUGUUGUCUUCUUUGUACUUUGUAGCUUGUGUUUAUCUAG